AUGGCUAAAGUGGACCUGGCUAAGGUUGGAUUGAAUUUGCUGAAGAGCACUGAAGGCGGAGAGAAUGUGGAGCUCCAGUCUCUGUGGCAGGAUCAGCCGGUGGUGGUGUUCUUCCUGCGCAGGUUUGGCUGUCAGGUGUGUCGAUGGAUGGCAUCAGAGAUCAGCAAACUGGAGCCCGACCUCAGGGCCAAAGGGGUCUCGCUGGUGGGAGUUGGACCAGAGGAGGUUGGGCUGCAGGAGUUUAAAGAAGGAGGUUUUUUAAAAGGAUCUAUUUAUGUGGAUGAACAAAAGAAGUGUUACAAGGAUUUGGGUUUCAAAAGGUACACAGCAUUAAGUGUGAUUCCUGCUGCACUGGGGAAGAAAGUACGAGAUAUAGCUUCUCAGGCGAGCGCUGCAGGAAUUCACGGAAACUUCUCUGGAGAUCUGCUCCAGUGUGGAGGGUUGCUCAUCGUGGCAAAAGGUGGAGAAAAGGUGUUGCUACACUUUAUCCAAGACUCCCCAGGAGAUUUUUUACCUCUAGAGGACAUUUCCAAGGCUCUCGGCGUCUCGGCCUCAGUGACAGCGGGACAGAAACCGGUGUGCAAUGAUGACGUUUGUACUCGUUGAUGAAGAAGCUUUCGGUUUGGUCUAAACUGCGCCUGAGGAUAAAAAGGCCAGAUU